GUAAACUUGUCACAGCUUUAAGCAUUUUAAGUGUUUCUCUACUACAGAGCAUAAUCUGCCUGUGUCGCGUCGUCGACUUGCAUUGCUUGCAGAGCAAAGAAGCGGCCAUGCCUUAGCCAAAUGCGCCUGGAGAGCUUUACUCCAACUUCAAUACAUAUUUGAAGUGUAUUUUUUACCAAUAAGUGAAAAAGAGAUUUCUUGGCUUGCAAAACCAUCACCCAACUGUGAAGUUGUGGGGCCGCCCGGGCCUGCGGCGUGGAGCCACGUGUGGCAGGCAGCCACGUCCACUACCGCGCCAGCAGCUCACCAGCCGGUUCUUUGGCAGAAGCAGCAGACGAAGGAACAGCACGACCAGCAGCAGGAACAGCAGGAAGGAGUUGGUUAGCCACCUUUCGGCGCUCGCGACCCCAAAUACGCCCCUGCUAAGCUGGCAACACAGCGACCCGGGUUUCCAUCUGCCGCUCUGCGCCCCGUACAGCCACGCCUCCACUGGCGUCUACCCCUCCCCCCGGCCGGCCCGCCUCCCCGCCUCCGCCCACCCCCAGCCUGAGCCAGCUGAUGCGGCCGGGGGUGCGGUUGCUGGUGUGGGGCCGCGCGGACCUUGGACAGCUGGGGCUUGGGCAGGCUUCUGAGGGCUUCCCAGUGGGAGAUGCGGGGGCUGCGGUGCCGCUGCCGACACCCCUGGAGGCGUUGUCAGGCAAGGAUGUAGUGGGCUUUGCGGCCGGCCCCUUCCACUCGGCCUUUGUGACGGCCGACGGAGAGCUGUACACCACCGGCUGCAACGACAACGGCCAGCUGGGGCGACGGAUCACACCCGCGAACAUCGCCGCUGCUGCCGCUGCUGCCGGCGCUAGCAGCACCAGCAGUAGCAGCCCUCCCGCCUGCAGCUACAGCCUGGCACCCGGCCACGUGACAGCGCUGGAGUCGUACGGCGUAGCUGCAGUGGGGUGCGGGGGCGCGCACACGCUGGCUCUCACCGACC